AGCUGACCGUUCAAAGAGAGAGAAAAGGAAAAGAGAAAAGAAGCCUGAAAAAGGUCAAGGAAUCCGGCCAUACCCAAUUACCAAUUACCCCCGCCGUUUCUUAUUUGUUAUCUUCGCGCGUCUCCAAAUUUUUUCUUUCCCCUUUGCAUCAUUUGGUUGUACACUCCGAACAUGUGAGCGGAGAAUCCCAAAUUACUCUCAAAAUAUGGAGUCUCCUCUGCUACAGCGCUACCGUCGCGAUCGCCGGAAGCUCCUUAACUUCAUAGUCUCUUCAGAGCUGAUCACGGAUAUUCGAAAGUUUCCUGGUUCCGUCAUCGAUUUCGAUGUUAUCAGCGCCGAUUAUGUCCUCGAAUGCAUAAAAUCCGGUGGUGGAGUGUUUGAUGUUUCUAAAGCAACCACAAAGCACACUGAUGAAUCUAUGUUCCCGCCAAUGAUACAGUCCCAAUCAGGGGAUUCUUUUUUUCUUGUGUCUGCACCAGACUCUGCUGGAUCUCCACCUAGACGAGUGCCACCCCCAGUUGAGAUCAACAGUGAUAGACAACAUUCAUCUAUUCCCCAUGUUUCUUCUAAUGAUUCAGAAGCAACUACUUCUGGGGUGAAUGAUCCAUAUAUGGUGCCCUCAAGUUCAAAGUCUGCAAAAAAUAUGGAUGUACCUUCUUUAGGACUCCCUGUUUUAAGAACAGGAUUAUCGGAUGAUGACUUGCGGGAAUCUGCCUAUGAAGUACUGCUUUCAUGCAUUUCAUUUUCUGGGAUCACAAUUCAUUCUUUGGAGAACCCGAAGAAAGAUAAGGGUUCAAAAUUUCUAACCGGGUUAAAAAAUAGGAGAGAUAGAAGACACAUGAGGUCCCACUCUGUUGAAAACCAAUUUGAGCACAUCGACACCAUUCGUGCUCAGAUGCAGAUAUCAGAGGCAAUGGAUGAACGCAUUAGGCAAAAGUUGAUGCAGUUUUCUAUGAGAAAGCCACAUGUACCACUUGAUAUUCCUCAAAUCUCAAUUGAGCUCUUAAGUGGCAUACAACUGAAUGAUUUUCUGGUUGAAAGAUCAUACACACAAUGGAGGAAACGCCAGGCAAAUGUUCUAGAAGAACUCUUCGCAUCCGUCAGUUAUCCUGAAAUGCAAGAACUUGGGAUUUUACUUGACAAGAUCAGAAGUCCAGAGGAAUGGAACAUCAUCAUGACUCCUGCUGAUCGUACUGAAGUCCUACUAGCUAUCAGACAGGUGGCAUCCUCUCUGUCAUCCAUGAGGGGGAGUUCUCAUACAUCUUACUGGAAUGCUGGUUAUCACUUAAACAUAAGACUCUAUGAGAAGUUACUGUUUGGAGUAUUUGACAUUCUGGAUGAAGGACAGCUCAUCCAGGAACAUGCGGAUUAUUUAAAGCUUAUCAAGUUGACUUGGGGUACAUUAGGCAUAACUCAGAAGAUGCAUGAUGCUUUAUAUGGAUGGGUGCUUUUCCAACAGUUCAUCGAGGCAAAAGAAAUGGUACUACUAGAUCAAGCAAACCUUCAAGUGCAGAAAGUUUUAUCCAUCAAUCAUAUAGAUGAAAAUGAGGAACUAUGUAUUGACAGAGUAAUUUGUACUAUUGACAACAAUGGUGUCAAAACCAGAUGCAAUUUGGUGCAAGCAGUAUUCUGUUCAAUAAACCUUUGGUUUGACAACAGGCUGCAAGAUUAUCACUUGCAUUUCAGUGAGAAGCCGGCUUUUUUCCGGAAGCUAGUUUCUAUGGGAUUGGCUGUUGCAACAGAUGAUUCUGCUGCAAUUAGGGUUAGGGUUUAUGUUGAGAGAUCUGUUGAAGCUGCAUGCAGGCGGGUGGAAGAUACCAUAAAUCUCAUAUCUAAAAUGGAAGGGAAGCAUCCAUUGGCUAUACUUGCAAGUGAAUUGAAAGUUAUUGCUGAAAGAGAAGUGUCUGUCUUUUCACCCAUCUUGUCCCAAUGGUGUCCAGAUGCAGGGAUGGUGGCCUCUGUAUAUUUGCACAAGUUUUAUGGAGAAAGAUUGAAACCAUUUCUAGAAGAUGUAUCCUUUUCUGUAGAUGCUAUAUCAGUGCUUUCUUUAGCUCAUCGCUUGGAGCAUUACUUGAUUCAAUCUUUUAAAUCUAAAGAUGAAAAAAAUGGUGUUGGGUCAUUUUCUAUAGAUUUCUAUCAGAUUAAUAAAAUAAGCCGCCCGAUCAUUCUGGAUUGGCUUAUCUCGCAACAUGAACGCAUACUCGAAUGGACAGGACGUGCUUUCCACCUUGAGGUCUGGGAACCCUUAUCCAAUCAGCAAAAGCAAGCAGCUUCAGUUGUUGAAGUUUUCAGGAUUAUAGAGGAGACUGUUGACCAAUUAUUCGGGCUGAAUCUUCCAAUGGACAUAUCACACUUGCAAGCAUUGCUUUCAAUAAUUUUCCAUGCCCUUGAUGGCUAUUUGCUAAAAAUUGUUUAG